GAUUUUACAUGCACCCGCUAAGUAAGCAUGGCUUCGACUGGUCAUGGAGGUUGGAACCAAGAAACAAAAUCUCGUCUUUCGGAGAAAAUAUACGUUAAUGUGAACGAUAUUGCAUCACUAACUCGUCAGCUGAUACGUGGAUCAAAGUCGAAUGAGCUUUUGGCUCAGGCCGCAAAGAACUUUGCUUUUCAAGAGACGGCAAUCAACAACUCCAGUGAGACUGUGAAGAGGAUGGGACUAAUCACAUCACAGCUACUGUUUCAAGCUGAAGCUAUAGAGAGAAGCAUGGCUCUGAUGGACGACGUUCAGGACCAACUGAAGACCAUACAGAGAUGAGGCCAAAAGACUUAUUGAUGUGGAGUCAAUUAGCUGCGGUCCAAGUGGGAAGUAGAUAAACUCCAAAUGGACUAUAGCAGCAUAAGUCACCAAUAUUACUUUGGACACAAAAGCAGUGUGAAAGUGGUUUAGGUUCAGAAUGCUCUACUACUUUGCUAAGGUUGAGAAUGUGUUUUGUUGUAGUCUUUAAUGUGCAGCUACUUUAAGUUGUAUUUGAUCAGGUUGUGGAUGAGACGAAACAUUCAAUUCUCAUGGUUACUGCUGGAAUAUGUGACAAAAUAAUUACAUAUUUGACACCUGUCAUGGGCUGGUAGUCGGUGGUUGUCUCGACCAAUCCUGGCGGCUAUAACAUAGUGUGUUGAGAACAACUAGGCAGAGAUGAUGUUUGUCACAAAUACUUGUUGAUCCACUUCAGUGAAUAGAAAUAAAUGAGUGUUUUUGCCA